GUCACUGCGACCAGGGCAACCAAUCGAGCGAAGAAUACCCGGCGAGGAAGGAGACAGGCGACGCGUAAACGACGCAAAUAUGUUCCGCAAUCAGUACGACAACGACGUGACUGUAUGGAGCCCGCAGGGUCGUAUUCAUCAAAUUGAGUAUGCCAUGGAGGCUGUGAAGCAAGGCUCUGCGACCGUAGGACUCAAAUCCAAAACCCAGGCAGUCCUUGUUGCACUAAAGAGAGCUCAGUCAGAACUGGCGGCCCACCAAAAGAAGAUUCUGCAUGUUGACAACCACAUCGGCAUCUCCAUCGCUGGACUCACUGCAGACGCCAGGCUGCUAUGUAACUUCAUGCGUCAGGAAUGUUUGGACUCCAGGUUCGUCUUUGACCGUCCCCUCCCCACGUCACGACUCGUCCAUCUAGUCGGCAGCAAAACACAAAUCCCAACACAGCGAUACGGAAGGAGACCAUAUGGCGUCGGGCUGCUAAUCGCCGGCUAUGACGACAUGGGCCCACACAUCUUCCAGACGUGCCCGUCGGCCAACUACUUUGACUGCAAGGCCAUGUCGAUCGGCGCCCGCUCGCAGUCGGCCCGCACCUACCUGGAAAGAUGCAUGGACAAGUUUGCAGAUUGUAAUUUGAAUGAGUUGGUCCAGCACGGCUUGAGAGCCCUCAGAGAGACCCUCCCCACUGAGCAGGACCUCACCACCAAGAAUGUUUCCAUCGGCAUUGUGGGUAAGGACAUGGAGUUCACCAUCUACGACGACGACGACGUGGCCCCCUACCUGGAGGGUUUGGAGGAGAGGCCGCAGAGGAAGGUGGCCGCGCCCGCAGACGAUGACGCCCCCGCCGCAGCCGUGCCCGACGAGCCCAUGGAGCACUGAGGACCCAAAGCUGACGCACUUCCUGUUUGUGACAAAAAAGUUAGAGAUGUGCCACCUGCCCAAAAACAUCAACCCCUACCUAUUCUGCCAGCAUCAGUUAUUGAGUGCUUUUGUAUGGGUAGAAUGUACCUUGUAUUCAACAAAUAAACUCCACUUUUUUGAA